UCGUAAACCAUUUUUUUUGAAUACCGACGUUACACGAAAGCUUGGAUAGCAAAAUUACAGUCGUUGUGCUUUUUAAAUAAAAAACAAAGAAAAAAAAAACAACAUUGUCCUUCGUUUAUGCUGAUGAAAAUGUUUGGUGACCUGGAAUUACACGUGUGACAGAGGUUCUCUCUGCCACAAUAGAUAAUCAAUAUCCCAAAGUUUUCCUUUUGUUUGAACAUUGAUGAAUUUUUGUUUUAAUUAUUGGAAAGUCAAUUGAAACGAAUUGAUUUAAUACACUACAGACAGUCAACGACUGGAAUAGUCAAUCCUAUGGUGACAUAUAAGCUUACUGACCAGCAAAAGGGAGAAUUACAAGCGCAAGAUUCGGUCAUUGAGGGGAACGAGCUAAAAGAAUGCCUUUUAAAACUUAAAAAAGUAAAAAAAGAUAUUGAUUUUAAGCCAUUUCUACGAGGGAUACAAUUGUCGUCAAUUAGUACGCCUCUUCCAAAUGAUUCCGUUGCUCGACAGAAGGAAUUGAUGAAAAAGGAAUUAGAUGAUCUAAGAGAAAAGAAUCUAUAUGACGGAAUUCAGCUAUUGCCAUCUAUGGCGGGUGUAUCCUUCGAUAGUCAGCUUCAGGAAAAAGCGGAAAACAAGAAAAUAAAGAAUCAAUUAAGUGCCAUAAUCAACAUUCUUUUCACAGUGAUAGGAAGUGCUUUUGCAGUUUGGUGCUGUACCUCUUCUUUUGAAGUCGAAAAGAGAGUCGCUAUGUGCGGCAUUUCUUCGAUUUUAGUUUUAAUCGCUGAUACAUUUCUUUACACUCGGUUUCUCUCUUUACCACCAGUGCAACCGUCACCGAAUACCAAAGGUGAAGUCGUCUAUUCCUGGAGUACCAACGAUCCACUCUCUCAAGAUGAUCAGAUUUUGUCUUUUACGAAGAGUCCUGAUUCUAUUAAAGAAAAAAAGAAUAAUUAAUUCUUAUCCCCAUUUUCCUACGUUAAAAACGAAUGCGAAGUUUACCUCGUGCCAGAAUUUAAACAAUCAGACUUUCUAGAGCACAAACCCCGUCAAACAAGAUUAUGGAUUAUGGUUAAAUUACAGGCUUUCUAUUGAAAGAUGAAAUGGUCUUUUGAUUUUCUUAUAAAUACAUAUAUGAUUGAACUUCCAGUAAGCCGGUUGUUUUGAAUUCGCUUUCCAAAAACGCUGUUCUUUUUUUUAUGGUGAUCAAUGGUAAUUCUUAUUAACGUUUACUAUGCUCUGAAAGAUUUGGCAUUUAGCGUUCUGGUUGAAAAGGACCUUUGUGAUUCUCAAGUGUUUUAAGUCAAAUAGAUGAUCAAGUAUAGAACUAUGCUAAAAACAUAUAUCCAACGGACAUCGAUUUGAGUAAAAACACUGGGUGAAAGCAAUUUAGGAUUGUUCAAAGUGUUACGUUCUGUUUCUUAUGCUUUUUUUGGAAACAGCUUAACCUUUGUUGGGAAAAUUAAUAGCUUGAUAUUUUCGAAACGAGUGAGGCUGAAGUUAUUUUUGGAAGUUAUAUUGUCAUUUUUAAAAUCGCAUUUCUCGCUAAAUUAAUUGUAACCACAGCUUGGGUCAUUUCAUCGACUAAUGUGAUUUGAAUAAGAAACAAUACGAAUGCAAUGUCAUCAAAGGUUUCUACAAGACGUGAAGGUUUAUAAUGAAUUAAGCUCAUUGAUUAAUAACUAGAUUCGUUAUUUGUCAUUAAUAUCGUAACUGUUCGUAUCAUAUUUAAUUUGCUGGUUCGAACAUGUGUUUAUUGCCUUCAUUUAUAACUUUAUUUUCGGUUGCAGCAAGCUUUUCGGCAGCUUUUUCAGUAGACUCCUUGAUUCGAGCUCCCAAUUCAGGAUCUACUUUUUCAAAUACCUUAUACUGUCUUUGACGUACUACGGGAAUUGCUUUGGACAAAUGCAAAGCAACGUUUUUGACAAAAUUGUCUUGUUGUCCCGGUUGCUUUCCUAGUACCUUCUCCCAGAAUGCUCUAGGUUGCUCAAAAUCGACGUCGGUAAUUUCAUCCAUGUGGUAAGUGACUUCACCAACCCAUUUUUCAUGCUUCUCAUUGGGCUCAUGAUACUCUUUUGCUAAGGGCUGUAAUGAAGAAGGAUAGUUUGGCAUGCUGCCUUGGUUGUCAGUGACAUUCAUGGGACCAUCACGAGAAUAAUUAAAAACGGGGCAUCUAGCACUGUUCACAGGAAUUUGCUCAAAGUUGGCACCUAAGCGAUGGCGAUGUGUAUCGGGAUAACUGAAAGUACGAACUUGCAAGACAGGGUCAGGAGAAACUUCAACACCUGGUAGCAUAUGAGAGGGAGAGAAAGCAGCUUGCUCAAUUUCAGCGAAAAAGUUUUGAGGGUUUUGAUUCAAAGUGAAACGACCGACUUCUUGCAUAGGAACAUCUUUGUGGGGCCAAACCUUGGUAAGGUCAAAGGAGUUAUAUCUGAAUUUCUCGGCUUCUUCGGGUGUUAAUACCUGCACGUAAAGAGUCCAGCUAGGAUAGUCGCCGCGAUCGAUUGCUUCGAAGAGAUCCUGACGUGCAAAUUCUUGAUUUAAUCCAAUCAUAUCAGUAGCCUCCUCAUGAGUCAUACCUUUUGUUCCCUGGUCGGAAAGGAAGUGCCAUUUGCAGUAGUGAAACUCACCUUUAUCGUUGACAAAUUUGUAAGUAUGGCUAGAAAAGCCAUCCAUAAAUCGAUAGCCAUAGGGUGUACCACCGAGAUCGGAAAAAAGAAUCAUGACCUGAUGAAUAGAUUCUUCGUUUUGAGAUAGAUAAUCCCAAUAGGCGGUGUUGUCUCGUAGGGACGUUUGAGGAUUGCGUUUUUGUGAGUGGAUAAACACAGGAAACUUGGCAGGAUCUCGCAAGAAGAAAACAGGGGUAUUAUUUCCAACCAUGUCGAAAAUACCAUCUUCCGCAUAGAAUUUCAGAGCGAAUCCUCGCGGAUCACGGAAAGUGUCGGGGCUACCUUGUUCACCACUAACUUGGGAAAAUCUUGCUAGCAUAGGAGUUUUCUUUCCUAUUUUAUUAAACAUCUUCAAUUUGGUGUAUUUUGUUAUAUCCUUGGUGACCUCAAAAAGGCCAAAAGCACCGGAACCUUUUGCGUGCACGACGCGCUCUGGAAUUCUUUCACGAUCAAAUUUCUGGUAUACAUCGAUCAAAUGAAAGUCUUGUAAUAAGACAGGACCUCCCUUGCCAAUACGAGCACUAGCUAGUGGAUUGUAGAUGGGACAUCCUGUACUAGUUGUGUACACUGGCGGGCCUUCGCCUCCUACUAAAUUCUUAACUUCUUCAAGCAUCUCCGAAUUGGAUUGAUACUAAAAAUCUUGAAUAAUUUAUCAUGCGUGUUAACAGCCCAUAUAUAAAGCACAUAACCUCGUAAAUUGGAGACGUAACUCUGAACUAUUGUUUACAUAAUGUAAACAAUUGGAAUUGUAAGCGUCACGAUUGGAAGAUAUGAAAUCACAGACUAUAAAAACGGUGGCGAGCGCAUCUCAAUUUAUAAUGAAAUUUUUGCAUUUUAUUCUACAUAGAGAUAUAUAAAUUAAUACUUUUAACUAGAUAAAUUUAAUUCUAUCAAUACAUAUUGGUCAGAAAUAAAGAGUUAUACAGGAAAAGACAUGGCGAAUGAUUUGCAUAGAACGAUACUAUGAUUAUUUACCAACAUUACAAAGUCGCAAUGCUACCUGUUUACACUAUUUGGCCAUCCAGUCUAUAGUCUAUUUACACGAAAUAUGUUCAUUAUAGCCAUUGAUUCCUGUGUUGUAUAUUAAGAGCGCUAAGGCAGGUCACUGCUGAAGCAAGCUUUCUUGCCUUACGAAUGAAGCCCGAGAAUAUAAGCAAUUCAUAAUGUUUAUGUUAUGAGUUUCAAAUUUUUAUACAGCAUACAAUAUAAGGAAAGUAUAUACUUGUAAUAACAAUAAUAAUGAUGAUGAUGAAUAAAAUCAGCCCUCACUACAUUCC